UCGGCGAUAGGGAGGAAAAUCGGCGAUAAGCACAAAAUCCGCAGCAGCCGCCCAGCCACCGUCCCUCACAGAGCGCUGAUCCCGCCUCCCGGCCGUGCGCCGCCACAGGCGGGGCCGCGCACGCGUGUCACAGCGGGACUAUCUGCAUGCAGAGAUUGAAGAUAAAGCUGACAGGACAACUUCUUUAGCCACCUGGCUUUGCUAUCAGACAAAAGGGGCCCCGAAGAUCAUCCCUGACCAUGCUGAGAUUCGGCCAGCACCUCAUCAAGCCCUCGGUGGUGUUCCUGAGGACAGAGCUGUGCUUUGCUCUGGUGAACCGCAGGCCGGUGGUGCCAGGACAUGUCCUUGUUUGUCCCCUGCGGCCGGUGGAGCGUUUCCGUGACCUGUGUCCCGAGGAAGUGGCUGAUUUGUUUUGUACAGCUCAAAGGGUCGGGAACGUGGUGGAGAAACAUUUCUGCGGCACUUCGCUCACCUUUUCCAUCCAGGAUGGCCCUGAAGCUGGACAAACAGUGAAGCAUGUUCAUGUCCACGUGCUGCCAAGGAGGGCUGGAGACUUCAGCAGGAAUGAUGAUGUCUACGAGGAGCUUCAGCGACAUGACAAAGAUGAUUCCCCUGACAAGUGGAGGACAGAGGAAGAAAUGGCAGCUGAAGCAGAAAUUCUGAAGAAGUAUUUCCAGGAAAAUUAGAGGUAACAAAGUGUUUGGAACACAUCCCAAGACAUCAGAAAGUCCCCAGAAAGAACAACCUCAUUCUCCAGUUCUCAGUAGCCCUGGAACUGCAGCUCAACAAUUUUAUUAUGUUCUACAAGUAUGGGAUUCUUCCAUGAAAAAUUUUAUUGGACCUUUGGAUAUCAUCAAGGUUGAAUUCCAGCUAAGACAACUAAACAGCACUGGUUCAAAAUAUUGCUCUGAAUUGUAACUCAUAUUUUUCUGAAUUGUGUACUUGGGAAUGAAUCUUUUUAAAUUGUCCCUUGGCCUAAAUAGAAAUAAAGUGCCAGGAAAAUCAAGUAGCUACCGCAUUUAGG